AUGCCCCGGGAAUUGUUGAGGUUCCGCCUGAUAAACCUCCAUAGACCUGUUGCAUAUGAGAUUGAUACAUCAGAUCAUUUUUACACUGAAAUGGCAACCCCUGACCGAGAUGAGUUGAUUAGAUGGGCUCGGGAGAUUGCCUUAAAGCUAAAGUUUGCAAUUGUAAUUGGCAAAUCCGACAACGGCAGCGAUAAGAGGAAGCAAUAUUUCAGGUUGGAUUGCGAGCGGGGAGGCCGGUACGUGUCAACAAAUAAGAAGCUAAAAUCUGAUCAAACCGGCACGAGGAAAUGCGGCUGUCCAUUUCGACUCCGUGGUUAUUGUCAUGCCGAUAAAACAUGGCAUUUGACCGUUGUAAAUGGCAAACAUAACCACGAGUUGGACAAGGCAGUUGAAGGCCAUCUCAUUGUCGGUCGUCUCAAACCGGAAGAAAGGCAAUGUAUGGAGGAAAUGUCAAGGAAUCUGGUUCCGCCUAAGAAUAUAAUGUCAACAUUGAAAGAUAGGGAUCCAAACAACAAGACAACGGCAAAGCAACUCUACAAUUUAAGUCAUCGAUUAAAACUUAAAAUGAGGGCAUCAAUGACUGAAAUGCAACACCUCUCCAAAAGACUUGUCGAGACCGGGUAUUUUUUCAAACAUAGGACGGUUGUUGCAGACGGAUCCGAACAUGUUCAAGACAUUUUCUUUGCACAUCCUAAAUCUAUAAGUUUGUUCAAUUCUUUUCCUACUGUGCUUUUGAUGGAUUCGACAUACAAAAACAAACAAAUACAAAAUGCCGUUAUUUGA